AUGUCCGGCUUCCGCCACGCCUUUUCGCUCUCAAAGCAACAAGUCCGAGACGCCGUUCCACCGGGAACAGUCUCGCUAUCGAUCCACUCCCACCAGAUCCUCCACGGCAGCUCUACGAGACAUACCGGCGAACUCAUCCUCGUCCCCCAACCCUCCGCCGACCCCGCCGACCCCCUCAACUGGGCCACCUGGCGCAAGGCCACCGUUCUAACAUGCGUUUCCGUCUACGCCUUCAUCGGCAACUUCACGUCGAGCAGUAUCGCAAGCGCAUUUCCGCUGUAUGCAACACCGCUCGCGUUUAAUCCGCCAAUCAGCAUGGGCCGGUUAAGUCACCUCGUUGCCGUGAACGUGCUCAUGAUGGGUGCGUCGAAUAUUUGGUGGGUGCCGCUGGCGAAUACCUUUGGGCGGAGACCGGUCAGCUUGAUCAGCAUUUUGAUCCUGCUCUUUUGCUCGAUGUGGGCGGGCCUUGCGAAGAGUUUUGAGAGUUUGCUAGCUGCGAGAUUCUUUAUGGGGGUUGGCGUUGGGCCUGCGGAUACGAGUAUGGCUUCCAUCUUGUUUGAGCUUGUUUUAUUGCUGAUGAUGGAAGUUGCACCGAAUAUGAUUGGGGAGAUAUACUUCACGCAUCAGCGGGGAAAGGCUAUGGGCUUCUACACCGCGCUCCUCUGCUUGGGCUCCCUCGUCGGGGGUAUCUCCGGCGGCUACAUCGCAGCCCACGGGCUCGAAUGGCUACACUGGGUGAACGUGAUCAUCACCGCGAUCCUCUUCGCCGCAUGUCUCCUCUUCGUCCCAGAGACCCUUUACAUACGAGACGAGCCAGCCCCCAUCCUGGCCACCGAGAAGUCAGCAAUCAAAGAAGGAGAGAGCGCCCAGAUCGAAGAAGUUACCAACAGCCCCCAGACCCAAUACAGCGACUUUACCUUCCUCCGCUCGCUCAAGAUAAACACCUACCACGGCAAUCUAACUCGAAACUUCAUCGCCCCCUGGCUGACCCUCCGCCUCCCAGGCGUCUGGCUCGUGAUGCUCUGGUACGCCGGUCUGGUCGGCGGAAUCGUAACCCUCAGCUCCGUCGGACCGACACUAGUCGCCUACCCGCCCUACAGCUGGGGCAAGAACGCCGGCCUGAUCAACGUCGGCGGCGUAAUCGGGUCGUUCCUCGGUGCGGCAGCAACAGUCGCGCUCGCCGACCGCGCCAUCGUGACUAAGAAAACGGUCAAAGACGGCGAGCUCUCCGAGCCCGAGGCCCGACUGCCCGUUGCACUGCCCGGAUUGGUCCUGGCGACGGUAGGCCUCUGGGUCUUCGGCUUCUGCGCUGAAGCCGCGACGCCGAAGAUGUGGAUUGGCAUGCAGUUCGGCAUUGGCAUGUUGGCGUUUGGGCUGAUGCAGGCGCCCAGUGUGGGGUUUAACUACGUGAUCGACUCCUACCGCUCCCUCUCGGCAGACUGCUUCGUGGCGAUCACCUGCAUGCGCGCGGUCAUCAGCUUCAGCUGGACGUUUUUCGUCGGCACGUGGGUGGAGAAGGCUGGGCCCGCGGUGCCGUUCGGCGUGUUUGGGGGCAUACUGGGGUUCUUUGCGCUCUUGUUGUUUCCGCAGUGGUACUGGGGCAAGAGGACGAGGAUUGCGACGGCGAACUGGGUGUGA